AUGGUUUUCAUAAAAACAAUCAUAGAGAGAAAAAUUCUAGUAAAAGCAUUAAUCGAUACAACAUCUAAAUCCAAUACUAUUAGCAAGCGCUUGUAUAAUAAGCUUGAAGAAGAUUAUGAGUUAGAAGGUAUAUCUGGUGAUAAUUUGAUAGACAAAGAAAUAAAAUGCUUAGAUUUGCAAUUUUGGUAUAAAGGAAAAUGGCAAAGCUUAAAUGGUACCGAAGUAAUAGAUUUUCAAAUUCGCAAAAAUCCAUCAUUUGAUUUGGUGCUAGGACGGGAUUGGUUAUGGAUACGUGAAGCAAAAAUUAGCUUUGAAUAUCCUCCCAAAACUUAUACUCGUCAUGCUAGGAUUGUAAUAGAUGAUAUGAGUAUCCCAUUAAUCAAAGAAAAUAGUAAUAAAGCCAGCUCUAGUAAAAAUAACUUAUCUGAUUCUGAAACAGAAAUCGAUAAACCUGAUCUAAAUUUAGAGAAGUUUAUAGAUAUGUUUAAGAAAUUAUCUAUAGAGACUAAUUUAUCCAGUUCCGAUUCAGAAUCCACGAGUUCAGACUGGUACAAUCUUGAAAGAAACGCAUCCAUAUUACAAAGAAAAAGGUUAUCUUUCCUAGCUGAAAACAUCAUAGAAAUAAGCCAAUUAGAAUGA